AUCACCUACCCUCCUGCCCUGCCCUCCAAUCCCACCUACCCCCAAAGGAACCGCAAGACGCGCAAUUCCCAAAUCCCAAAUCCCCAAGUAUAAAACAUUUUCAGUUGACUCUCAAUUCCCAAUUCCCAAUUCGUGAAUCUGAAACAAAUUUUGAAUUCCAUGGCUGUGAGCGACACCUUCUACAUAUCCCAUGGAUCUCCCACUCUCAGCAUCGACGACACCAUAGAAGCAAGGCAGUUCUUCCAAUCCUGGAAGCAGAAGGUGUUCCCCCAGAAGCCCAAAUCAAUUCUCUGCAUCUCCGCCCAUUACGACACGUCGUUUCCAACCCUCAAUGUCGUCUCCGGCCCCAACGACACCAUCUAUGACUUCUAUGGCUUCCCCUCCUCCAUGUACAAGCUAAAAUAUCCGGCACCGGGAGCUCCGGCGCUGGCGAAGAGGGUGAAGGAGGCUCUGGUGGGGGCCGGGUUCGAGCGGGUGGAGGAGGAGCGGGGGCGAGGGCUGGAUCACGGAGCCUGGGUUCCUCUGAUGUUCAUGUAUCCAGAGGCAGACAUCCCAGUUUGCCAACUCUCAGUUCAGUCCCGCAAGAACGGGACGUACCAUUACAACUUGGGGAGAGCACUGGCUCCUCUCAAGGACGAAGGGGUUCUCAUUGUUGCCUCCGGAAGCGCUACGCACAACCUCAGGACCCUCGACCGCGGCGCCAAAUCCAUCGCGCCAUGGGCUCUCGAGUUCGAUAAUUGGCUCAAGGAUGCUCUUCUUCAAGGAAGAUACGAAGACGUGAACGAGUACGAGAAGAAGGCUCCACAUGCAAAAAUGGCACAUCCGAGUCCAGAUCACCUUUACCCGCUCCACGUCGCGAUGGGGGCAGCGGGAGGCAAUGCGAAAGCAAAGCUGAUACACCAUAGCUGGGACCUCGGCACCAUGUCGUACGCGUCGUACCAGUUCACAGCCCCUUCCCCACCCCACCAAUCACAUUAACUCUUUGCUUUGGUGUAUUAACUCUACUUUAUGAACUCUUGUAAUAAUAAAAUGAGGACCACAUAUUGAUGUAAUUAUAAUUAUAUGUGUUGUUGGAUUAUUUAAUGACCUUGUUUAUGCGAGAAUAGUGUAUAUUUGCACUAAUUUUUUCUUAA